UAUUGCCAAAUAUAUUCGAUAACAACAUUCGAUUUUUUUUUUCUCUGGUGUCCUAUCUUCAAUGAGUGGAUCCUUGAUUUUGUUUUUUGUUUUUCUCUCGUUUCAAUGCUGCUGCUGCAUGUAAAAUUUGUUUUGAUGAUGGUGAUGAUUUGAUGAUAAUCAAAAGAACAACAAAAAAAAAAUAACCAGAAAUUUUAUUAUUUUGUCAACCUAUUGUAUAUACCACAUAACAAUUAAACAUUCGAUUUUGAUAUGAUAAUUUGUUCGAAAUGGAGCGAAUGAAAAUCAUUGACAAUUUGAUUUGACCGAGCGAAAAAACCACAUUGUUUUCAACAUUUAAUCCAAAUGAAUUUUUUGGAUCAAAAAAGUGACACGAAACAUCUACAAAAUCUAAAUGCAUUCAACAUUUUAAAUUGUUCAACAUCUUCCAUUAAGAUUUUUUCAAUUUUUAUUUUCAAUUCAAAAUAUUUAUCAUCAUCAACAAGUGUCAUCAUCAUUGUUGAUCCAUAUUUUUUUACCAUUUUGUAUUCGACAUUAUCAUUAUCAUCAUCAUUAUCCAUUGUCUUCGAGGAUUUUUAAUCCGUUUCGUUUCGUUUCGUUUCUUUUUUUCCAACCAACAUUUCCACUAUUUUUAAUCUGAAUUUUCAGAAUGACAACCGAAGAAGAACAGGAACAAUCAUCAUCAUCGACGACGACGACGACGACCACGAAUGAAAAAAGUCAAUCAUUGAUAGAAAAACAAUGUGAAAAUGAAUCGAAAACAUUAGAACAGCUACCUAAAUUAUCGGAACAACAACAACAAAAACAAACAGAAAAUGAAGAAGAAAAACUUGAAGAUGCUGAAUGGUAUUGGGGUAAAAUUAGCCGCGAAGAAGUGAAUGAAAAAUUACGUAAUCGUACGGAUGGAACAUUUCUUGUACGUGAUUCAAUAUCGAAAAUUUUCGGUGAAUAUACAUUAACAUUAAGAAAAAAUAAUUGUAAUAAAUUAAUCAAAAUAACAAGCCGUGAUGGUUUGUUUGGUUUUUCCGAACCAUUCAUAUUCAAAUCGGUAGUUGAGUUGAUUAAUUAUUAUAAAACCGAAUCAUUGGCCAAAUAUAAUCCAUCAUUGGAUGUAAAAUUAUUAUAUCCAAUAUCACGAUUCUAUCAACCGGAUAUUGAAGGUAUUGAAAUUAAUGAUAUGGAAAAAGUAAAAGCAAGAUUAACCGAAGUAAGAAAAGAAUUGAAAAUAAAAAACACACAAUAUGAUCAAUUAAGUGAAGAUUAUGAUAAAAAUAGUAAAUGUAUACAACGACAACGGCAAGCAAUACGUGGAUAUCAAUUAAUCAUGGGUUUUGUACAGGAUCAUAUUAAUUUAAAUAAUAAAUUACAGGUACAGGCAUUACCACACGAAGCAAAUCUAAUGCAAGAACAAAAAAUUAAUUUACAAAAUCGUUUAAAUUUUUUUGCCAAAAGUAUCGGUGAUCUUGAAAAUGAUCUUAAACUAAUGAUUGCUUAUAAUCGUUUAUUGGAUCGUGAACGUAAUUCGAUUAAACCAACAUUACAAUUUCUUGGCCGACAGCAUAAUAUUUUACAAAAAAUUGUCGAACAAAAUACCGAUGAAAUUGAUCUACAACCACAUAAAAUUGAAACAACAUGGCUAAUCAAUGAAUGUAAACGUAAUGAUGCUGAACAAUUGUUGAAAAAUAAAAAAGAUGGAACAUUUUUGAUACGACAAAGUCGACAACAAAUGGGUAAAUAUGCUUUAUCGAUCGUCAGUGAUGGAAAUAUUUAUCAUUGUCUUAUAUCACAAACGGAUCGUGGCUAUGGAUUUUCCGAACCAUAUGAUAUUUUUCCCGAUCUAAUGAGUCUUGUAUUGCAUUAUUCGAAAACAUCAUUGGAAGAACAUAAUGAUAAUCUUCAUACAACACUUCGUUAUCCAAUAUUUGCACAUUCAUUUCAUCAUUAUCAUUACUAUUAUAAUAGCAAUAACAAUAAUAAUAACGGUAAAAAUGAUGACAAUUGAAAUUAGUAUACGAAACCGGUAAAAAUUUAUCUAGUCUUUCUUUCUCUGAAUCUAUUAAUCUCAUUUUCAAAUUCAAUUUUUUUUGUAUGAUAAUUUUUAUUUUUAUUUUGGAUCUAUA